AUGUAAUCAAAUAGAUACUUGCAGUCUGGAAAUAGACUUGGACGAUUGAAUUCAAUCGACAAUCUUCACAAGACCGAAGAGUAAAACAUUAGUCCCAUAAUGAAACAAAGACUUUUAAAUGAUCCAGUUCAAAAGGAUUGGUCUAACGUAAUUAAGAGCUAGAUAUAAGUAUUUGAUAAGAUGAAAGAAGAUUCUAAGAUAUAUCAAACCUAAGUCAAGAAAGCUUAUGCAGAUGAAUUAAAGACUGCUGAAUAGUAGAAACUAUAAUAAAAAAGAGAGGAAGAAGUGGCAAGAGCUACUUAUGAACUUCAGUAAAAGGAAUCAUUAGAAUAGUAAAAUUAUAAAAUAAAAAAUUGGGCAUUGGAAGAUAACAAACGUCAAAAGUAGUAACUGGCAGAUGAAUACGGAACUUCAAUUACAAAUUAAAAAGCAAAGUAAUAAGAGAUAAGAUAAUUAGAGAUGAUUGAUGAAUAAAGAAGAAUAUAAGAAGCACAUAGGUCUCUAGAACUAGAAAAAAUUGUUAAAAAGCAAAAACUAGAUAAUUAUAGGAAGCAAUUAGAUGCUUAGCUAAAUAUGAAGGGAGACAAUAGUAAUAUAGAGAGGAAAUUAGGACAAGAUUUCACUUAAGAAGAAUUGAUGCUUUUACAUAUGAAUGCUUAGAGAGAACUCAAUAAUGAAGAAUAGUAUAGAUAAAAAUUUGUAAAAAAGGAUGAAGUUAUGAAGAACAGACAAUAACAGUUCCAAGAAAUGGUAAUGAAUCAAAAUAUGCAUAAGGACUUUUUAAUAAAUCAAACUAUCAAUUAAAGAGAAGAAGAUUAUAAAAAAUAGUAAGAAUAAAGAGAAAAUGACAUGAAACGUAUGAGAAUGGCUAUGAGUGAGGACAGAUAAAGAACCCUAGAGUAUCAAAUCUAAGAGAAAAAUCAAUAGAAAAUGAUGGAGAGAGAAAAGUAUAUGAAAAAUAUGGAGGAUAGAUUUAAAUAAGAAAAUGACUACAAAUAGUAUGUCAUCUAAUAACAGCAGUAAAAACUUGACUAACAAAAGGGCUACAGAUAAAUUUUAGAUCAGAUGGUGAUUAAAAAUAACUAGCCAACUGGUAGAUCUAGCAAUCUGGAAGGCUUAUAAUCAGGCAGAGGUAACUAAGAUUAGGGAAAUAAUUUCGAUGUGGGUAUUAUACCAGGAUAAAUUUCAGUUAGUAAAUAUCUUGCGGAUGCUAGAAAGAGUCCAAGAGAUGGUGGAUAAUAAUUGCUGCUUGAUGACUAGUACUAAAUUGAGGAUUCUCAAAAAUACAAAAGUCUACUAUACAAAGAUGACUCUAUAAACCAAUCAAUGAAUUAAUCACUUGACUAUUCAAAUAUUCAUUCUUAGAAGAAUCUGAAUUAAACUACAAACUUAAAAGGGAAAAUGGGCUCUAUCAAUUCGUCAUUAUAAGAUGCUGCUUAAAUGCAGUUGAACUUAUUUAAUCCCAAAGCAAGCUACAAUCCAAUUACAAAUCCCAUACCAAUAGUUAAUCAAAAUCCAUAUAUCAGCAAAGGGAGAUUAGAUAUUGGUUAGAGUUAGAGAGUCAGGGGAAAAAUCAUGAAAAGUAAUGAAAUGUCUCUUAAUAAUAGUUACGCUAUUUGA